CGCUACCGGGAAAACUACAGUAAAGGAACCCCACCCGGAAGAACCCUGAAAACCUCUCCCUGGAAUUCUGGUUCCGCAGUGACACGCUUCUGUUGCCGCUUUUGUCGCCUAGCCUACUGCCUACUGCCUACCUACUCCAACAGUCGCCCUUCAGCCCGACGUUCCUCCAUCAUCGGAAACCAGCCGAGGUGCCACCCCAUCAUAGUCAUAGUCACCCUUCGGCCCAGUUACUCUUCGAUUAUUACCACCAACUCUCCCACUAGCCCUCCACCUCGCCCUCCACCUACUACAACCGCCCCUAGUCUCCGGGUCCGUGGACGCGCUUUUUUUCCCCUUUGCACGAUAUUUUCCGCCGACCGGCGCCGAAUCGAGCAUUUCCAAAUCUACAUAAUAACAUUCUCCCUUCCGCGUCCCCACACGUCGCGAUCCCAUCAACCAUCAACCAUCAACCAUCAACCAACUCACACACACACACAAAAACACAAAGUCAAUAUGCACUUUGAAACAACUCCAAGCUCUUCGCCAUCCAAGUCGAUACCCAUCACCAUCGGCGCCAUGGCCUCCCCAUCCGGCUCCAUCUGCAGCAUCUCCUCCACCGACUCAUCAUCAUCAUUCUCCUCCUCUCCAAGCCGAAGCUCCACAUGUGCUUUCCCUUCCUGGCCCACUGGCAACUCUCUAGGAUUCCGAAGCACUCCAAGCUCCUUCAUCAGCGACGCCGAUCUCUUUGGUGACUUCGACGACGAGGACUGCACUCCAUUCCUUGAGUCUGCACCUGCACCGCCACGACAGCCUCCCAUGGCUCAAGCUUUCCCUCUUCUUCCUCCCAUCUACGCCACCGAGAAGAAGCAGCAGCAGCAGAAGCAGCAGCGCCGCCGCAGCAGCGGUCGCAAGACUCGUCGCUCUUCCAAGCCUAUGACUCCCAUCGCUGAGAGCGUCGAGAUCGCCGAAUGAGGCAACAAAUACUCCAUGAUUACUACAGCUGAUCAUGUUCCACCAAUCACCAUCCACCAUUACUACAAUCAAUGAGAGGCAUCCAUUACCGAUCCAGUACCGCGACCUCUCACGUGGCUCCUACCUUACACCAAGGAUUAGUCACGCACGCACAGUCGUGUCAGACUCU